UCCUGCUAGGGGGCGAUCAUCAGUGGGCGGGUCACUAAAAAUACGGGAAGAGUGACUUUCCUCUAGCUAGUAUUAUGAAUUAAAAUAUUGAAUUUGAGAAAAAUAGUCGUUCCAGCGGUAUAUUACUGAAGACGAGCUGAGGCAAGCUCGUAUUUUUGUUCAAGAUGUCUGCGAGCGCCGUGUAUGUCUUGGACCUAAAAGGAAAGGUCUUGGUGUGUAGAAAUUACAGAGGAGAUGUGGACAUGUCGGAGAUUGAACACUUCAUGACCCUUCUAAUGGACAAAGAGGAAGAAGGGACACUCUCUCCGAUCUUGUCUCAUGGUGGCGUUCGCUUCAUGUGGAUAAAACACAACAAUCUGUACCUGGUUGCAACAUCCAAGAAAAAUGCAAGUGUGUCCUUGGUCUUUUCCUUCUUGUACAAAAUUGUUCAGGUUUUUUCAGAGUACUUUAAAGAGUUGGAGGAGGAGAGCAUCAGGGAUAACUUUGUCAUCAUUUAUGAACUGAUGGAUGAGCUGAUGGACUUUGGCUAUCCUCAGACCACCGACAGCAAGAUUCUGCAAGAAUACAUUACCCAGGAGGGGCAUAAGCUAGACACUGGCGCCCCGCGACCCCCUGCUACAGUAACCAACGCCGUCUCCUGGAGGUCAGAGGGCAUCAAGUACAGGAAGAACGAGGUUUUCCUGGACGUCAUUGAGUCAGUCAACCUCCUGGUUAGUGCCAACGGUAAUGUUCUCCGCAGCGAGAUUGUUGGCUCCAUUAAAAUGCGUGUCUUCCUGUCUGGAAUGCCAGAGUUGCGCCUUGGCCUUAACGACAAGGUUCUGUUUGAAAACACAGGACGUGGGAAGAGUAAAUCAGUAGAACUGGAAGAUGUCAAGUUUCACCAGUGUGUUCGCCUCUCUCGCUUUGAGAACGACCGCACCAUCUCCUUUAUUCCUCCAGAUGGCGAGUUUGAGCUCAUGUCUUAUCGCCUCAACACUCAUGUGAAGCCCUUGAUCUGGAUUGAGUCUGUCAUUGAGAAGCACUCCCACAGUCGAAUCGAGUACAUGAUUAAGGCAAAGAGUCAGUUUAAAAGACGUUCUACAGCCAACAACGUGGAAAUUCACAUUCCUGUGCCAACGGAUGCUGACUCACCCAAGUUCAAGACUACAGUGGGCAGCGUCAAGUGGGUCCCUGAGAACAGCGAGAUUGUCUGGUCCAUCAAGUCCUUUCCUGGAGGGAAGGAGUACUUGAUGCGAGCUCACUUUGGUCUGCCCAGUGUGGAGGCUGAAGACAAGGAGGGCAAACCACCAAUCAGUGUCAAGUUUGAGAUCCCGUACUUCACUACCUCAGGCAUCCAGGUGCGAUACCUGAAGAUCAUUGAAAAGAGUGGCUACCAGGCCUUGCCCUGGGUGCGCUACAUCACCCAAAACGGAGAUUACCAGCUCCGCACCCAGUAGGCAGCACUUCAUCUGGGAGGUGGAAAUGACAGGGGGUGGAGUUAAACUGCUAAUGUGAUAUCAAUGGCAGGUGUCACUGAUGAUGCCAGAGGACUGGAACCAUCAAGUAUUUUUUAUGUUAUUGUUUUUCUUUUCUCAUUGGUGCGAUUAUUAAACAGAGCCUUUGGAUAGGCAACCAAAAAAAAAGUUCUGUGGCUGUGUGGCUUUUACUGUAAGCAAGGUCAAAGAAGGUGGGAGUAUUGUUUACAUUUGUAUAAAACAGUGGGAAGUUGUAUAAACUCGUAGUGUCACAAUGGUUCAACUGGCUGGAGAGCAGAGCCUACAGCCCUCUCUACUGUUACAGCCACACAGAGGCAAAACUCAGUCCUCAGCCACACAGAGGCAAAACUCAGUCCUCAGCCACACAGAGGCAAAACUCAGUCCUCAGCCACACAGAGGCAAAACUCAGUCCUCAGCCACACAGAGGCAAAACUCAGUCCUCAGCCACACAGAGGCAAAACUCAGUCCUCAGCCACACCGUAUAUUUUUUAUCACGCAGCCCGCAUCUGCUAUCUUUUCUAUUUGUUGACUAUCUGUAUAUAUUUGUUACAUAUUGUAGAGCUUUGUUUCAGUAUUGGUAUAGUUUGAUAUCUGUUACAAGUCCAUUCUCUUUUUUAUCAGUUUG